AUGGAAGAGUCGGCAAAAUUGCGAAUGAACUUAGUUGCUCUGCAAAAAGUCGAUCCGUACGCAAAGGAGAUAGUGGAUUCAUGUCCACAUGUUGCUUAUUACAAGUAUAUAUCGAAUGAAUGGCAUAAAACAGAAAUUGAAGGAUCAUUCUUUAUUUAUUCGCGUGUUGCUGAGCCAUUUCAAAGUAUUUUUAUUAAUAAUCGAUUGAGUACAACAUCAUUAGUCGAGCCAAUUAAUAAAAAUAUCGAAUUACAGUCGAAUCCUCCAUUUUUACUGUAUCGUAAUCAUAAAUCAGCAAUAUCUGGAUUUUGGUUUUAUUGUAAGGAAGAUUGUGUACGCAUUUACGGUGUUUUGGAUAAGCUUACAAAGAAACCCUGUCAAAGUGAGCAGCAGCAACAGCAAGAAAAGGCUGAAGAGACAACAGAAAAUCGACGACGACAACAACAACAAAGUCAAAGUCAGCAAAAUGGAACAAAUAGCGAGAUUAAAAGGGAUGUGGACAUUUUUUCUAUGCUUAGCAAAGCUCAAGCUGAAUUUACCAGCUGCGGAUCAACACCAGUGGUAAAUGUGGAACAGAAAUUUACUGAAAUGAACAUUAAUAAGGCACAUCAGCCAUUGUUAAAGCAAAUGUCAAAUGUCAUGCCUGAUAUUACUUCUCCCAACGUUGUGAGCUUUUUUGCAGCCGCACAGCAGCCUCCAAAUGGGAUGAUUCAAGUUAUCGAUUCUAAGCAAGGGGCUCCUCAAUAUCUUGGACCUUCUAAUUGCAUCCCGAUCACUCAACCGCCAAUGACUGUCGAUCAAUUAGAAAAACAGCAUCACCAAAAUCUUUUAAAUAAUUUACUUCAGCCUUCAGGAAAUGAACCGAUGAAUUUAUUGCAGCAGCAGCAUCAUCAUCAUCAACAACAACAAACACCAGGAAUGUCGAGCAAUAUUCAGGCAUCUAAGCCUACAUUAAUCACUCCAGUAAUGUUCCAAGCAUCAAAUAUUGAAGAUAAGGCUAUAAUGAAUGCACAGCAGCUCAAUAAUGUUCAAGGAAUGUCAAAUAACAUUCGUCUGGAACCGUUGACGCAAAAUCAAUUGAUGCAAGCAUUAAAUUAUCUCUUAGAGAAUGAUCCUGAAUUUAUUCGGAAAAUCCAUGAAGCUUAUGUCAAGUCAUUCAACAAAAUUAUAACUCUUUAA